GUGGUUAUCUCCGUAAAAGCGGAGUCGGGGUUGUUUCUCGCAUGACCAGAUGGUGGAAUGUCCCAGACCACUGGGCUUCUGACUCCGGACCACGAGUGAGGAUGGGGACGACUCUCGCAGACGUCUUCUGCUGUCUUAACUACUGCAAUGCAGAGGACCUGAAAACACAAGCUUUUGAACAUGAUGCCUGUAUCAUCUCCACAUAAACAACAAAAAAAGUCUGUCACCAGGACCGAGAAGACAGAGCCAGAUCAAGACUCAACUUGUACCAGUGCACCAACAGCUGAAAAAAUGGGUUAAUGAAUUCAGAGAGGAGGAUCAAGGUUCCAUUGUGCAGGUACAAUAGAAAGCACCAGUUUUGAAGCUGAAAAAUGACCGGAAGCACAGUGCAAAACAACACUAUGCAGCAGAAGGAAUUGACAAACUUGGCGAUCUUUUCAGCUUGCAUUUCACUUGCCACCAUUGUUGUGGGUCUCAUUGGAAAUGGGAUUGUCAUAUUUCUGACUGGCUGCAGGAUGAAGAUGACUGUCAAUGUCAUGUGGUUUCUCAACUUGGCAGUUGCAGACUUCAUCUACUUGUUAUACUCAUGCACAGAGCAUCUUUCAGUUUUAGGCCAGUGGAAAAGUGAAUUGCUGAUGAAUUUCAUCAUGAUAUCAUCGAUGAAUCUGUUUGCUAGUAUUUUCUUUCUUGUAGUUAUCAGUCUGGACCGAUGCCUGUGCACAUGGAUGGUUGUUUGGGCGCAAAACAAAAGAACUUUACUUGGAGCCAGGAUCAUCUGCAUAAUUGUGUGGGUUUCAUCCAUCUGCUGCAGCAUUCCUUACUAUAUAUUUAUUCAUAAUAAUUUAUAUCUGAUAACAUAUGAAUUUACAGUGGGCUUCCUCAUGCCCUUUCUGAUCAUUGCAUCUUCAUAUAUAGCUAUUGGAGUACGAAUCAAACACUUCAAAAGCAGAAAGCAGCUCAGGUCAUACCGGGUCAUUAUAACGGUAAUCUUAGCUUUUUUCAUAUGUUGGUUUCCAUACCAUGUUUGGAGUUUUUAUUCAAUAACUGCAGAAGAAAAUGACCAAGACGUGUUUAAAGUUGUCAGUUUCUACCUGGUUGAUCUAAACAGCUGUCUGAACCCCUUUCUCUAUGUGUUCAUGUGUGAUGAGUAUAAGAAGAAGCUUAAACAGUCUCUGCAGCUGGUGCUGGAGACAGCUUUUGCUGAAGAUCAUCUGAGCUUUAGUGCAGAUGGAAGUGGACGAACAGGACAAGAAAACCAAACGGAACUGUUAGAUCUGUAGAAAAGUGGUCCCUAAAUAGAGAACCUGGAUCUAAUCCAGUAUGUUUACAGUCCUUAUCUAGCAAUUUGUAAAAAGCAGCAACUACAAAAUUCAUGCCUAAUGCAUGACUGUGUGUAAUUGGUGUUGUGAAACCAAACAGAGGAAGUCUCUUCAAGUAUAGGCUAAUGAACAUUAUAUAUGUUUGUGAAACUUUUCAUGAAUCCAAAUAUGUAAAAGCUCAUUUUGUUAUGCUGAUUUCUGUUUGAACUUUAUUCUGAGUAAAACUAAAUUGUGUCCAAAAGUCAUAUUACCUGCAUUUAAUAGAUUUUCGCUCACGCAGUAGCAAUUUUUUAUUGAAGGGUUUUCCUAAAAAAACAACAAAAUAAAUAAAAAUAACAAAUAAUAAGAUAAUAAAAUAUGAUUUCUGGCACAAAUACAAAAUUGUAAAGAUAUUGGUUAACAAUUGAAUCAGUUUAGCUGAUUACAUAUAGGACAAAAAAAAAUACUACUUGGAACGUUUAUGGAAUGUUUUAUUCCUAAAUUGUUUUAGUCAGACAUUUUUUUAAAGGAUACUACAUGUUAAGUUCAAAACAUUCAAAAUGCAUGUUCCCUGAGGAUAUUUCCUUAAAGUUCACAUAAAAAAACAACAAACAUUUUAAAACAUAAAAAACAAUAUUCAGAAGUAACAUUUUAUUGGGAACUCAAUGGCAAACUUAGCAAAACGUCA